AAAUGGAGACUAGGGUUUAUGGUUUACUCGAUCUCGAAACUUUACUGCAAUUCAACUGAACAGCAAACCAAUCAGUAUUCCAAGCUCAUAAAUUUUGCAUUUUGUUUGGUUAUGGAGAGCAUCGAUCAAAAUAUACAAGCUCUUCAACUCUCAACCAAACCCAAACCAGCGCCCCCGAAACGUUUCAUAAAAAACCAAAUCCCCGACUCGAUUCUCAACGACCCAUCACUCAACGCAGCAAUCGCACUCUUACCCAAGAAUUACAAUUUAGAAAUUCACAAAUGCGUCCACAGAAUCCGCUCCGCAAACGCCAAGCGACUCGCUCUUCAGCUCCCCGAGGGUUUACUUUUAUACUCACUUGUUCUGUCCGACAUCUUCACCGCAUUCGCCGGCGUUACGCACUGUUUUAUCCUCGGCGACGUGACGUACGGUGCGUGUUGUGUUGAUGAUUUUUCUGCAUUGGCAUUGGGUUGUGAUCUUUUAAUUCAUUAUGGUCAUAGCUGUUUAGUUCCUAUUGAUAAUACGAAGAUUCCGUGUCUUUAUGUUUUUGUUGAGAUUAGGAUUGAUGUUGAGUGUUUGGUUAGUACUGUUGAGAUUAAUUUGAUGGAUUAUCGACGCGUUGUGCUUGCGGGUACUAUUCAGUUUGCUUCGGCUAUUAGAGAGGCGAAACCCGAGUUGGAAAGGUUGGGUCUUUCUGUUUUGGUGCCUCAGUCAAAGCCUUUGUCAGCUGGGGAAGUUUUGGGUUGUACGGCGCCUAGGAUAGGUGGAGAUUUUGAUGAGACGGUUGCGGUUUUUGUUGCGGAUGGGCGGUUUCAUUUGGAGGCGUUUAUGAUUGCGAAUCCCGGGAUUAGGACGUUUAGGUAUGAUCCUUAUUUGGGGAAGCUGUUUUUGGAGGAGUAUGAUCAUCGUGGGAUGAAGGAUGUGAGGAAGGGGGCUAUAGAGACGGCUAAGGAUGCUAAAAAUUGGGGGGUUAUAUUGGGGACGUUGGGUCGGCAGGGGAAUCCGAGGAUUUUAGAUAGGUUGGAGAAGAAGAUGGUAGAGAAAGGGCUUUCUUACACGGUCUUUUUGAUGUCUGAGAUUAGUCCUGUUAGGAUUGCGUUGUUUGAGGAUUGUGUUGAUGCGUGGAUUCAAGUUGCUUGUCCUCGUCUUUCUAUUGAUUGGGGAGCGGCGUUUAAGAAGCCACUUUUGACGCCUUUUGAGGCUGAGAUUGCACUUGGGGACUUGCCAGGUUGGUGGGAGAAGACUCCAGCUUGUGGCCAUUGUGAUAAGUCAUGUUCUGCAUGUAGUAAUGGCGGUGAAUAUCCCAUGGAUUACUAUUCUCAAGAUGGUGGAGAGUGGAAUUCUUCAUAUGUGAAGAAAACAAAUCGGCCUUUACGAAGAACUGUGGUAUCAUCUGCUGGCGAGGCUGCUGCUUCAUAACAUUGUCGUGUCGGCCAUAAGAUUAUACGGCAAGUAUGUCCAACUCUUCUUAUGUAUUUAAUCUCCUUUUCAUGAUUUACAGUACACAGUUUAUAAAAUUGGAGGUUACUGAGGAUUUCCUAGGGUCAAUUUUGGUUUUUGGUAGGAGCAUUGAGGUCUGUUGAGGAAUUGCACUUGACUGGAAUUAGAAACUGCAAAAAUUGCCAUGAGCUUUCAAUUAGCAGUCCAGUUUAAUAUCUGUUUAUAAACUGCUUGUUCGAGUUUUUCUUAUAAAAAUAGAAAUGUGAUUUAUGAUGUUUAUCUGAUAAAUUAAUUGAUCAGAUUGUGCA